AUGGAGAAAACUCAAUGGAUUGCAGGCGGAAUUAAGUGCCGUAAUCAACUCUGGUUUGUCCUAACAGCUUCCUUUCUUAUAUUCAUUGUAUUGGUUUGUACAGACUAUUCUUCUCUAAGCUCCGGAAGAAACUUCAAUAGGGUCACCUAUUAUAUCACCAACUUUACAAAUGUAAUUGUUACCCAAGACCACCACCAUCCCAACUCUCUUCCUCCUCUAGCUAGUACUGAUUCUCAAAUAUCCGAUCAAACCAAGGGGAUCAGUUAUUAUACUACUACUGAUACAUCUACAAGCACUCCUGCUCCAUAUUCUUUUGGCCAUGGAAGCCAACCAAAUUAUGUUACCAGCUCCAAUGAAACUCAAACUGCAAGUGUCACUUAUGUUCCACCACCACAGGCUAUACCUAAUACCAAGCACCAAAUUUCUGAUUCUGAUUCGUGUUCCGGUCGAUACAUUUAUAUGUAUGAUCUUCCAAAGAGGUUCAACCAGGACUUGCUCAAGAAUUGCCAUUCCCUUCAGAGAUGGACUGAUAUGUGCCCCUACAUGUCAAACAUGGGCCUAGGACCUAAACUAACUGACAUAUCAUCCAAGAGACGUGAUCGGUUACUUGGGAGCAGAGGUUGGUUUGCUACAAAUCAGUUCUCAUUAGAAGUUAUUUUUCAUAACAGGAUGAAGAAGUACAAGUGCUUAACCAAUGAUUCAUCAUUGGCAUCGGCAAUAUUUGUCCCCUUUUAUGCUGGCCUUAAUGUUGGUCAGUACCUUUGGGGCUACAACGCAUCAAUCCGAGAUGCUUCUCCUCUAGAAUUGGUGAAAUGGCUUUCAAACAGACCUGAAUGGAAGACAAUGUGGGGUAAAGACCAUUUCUUAGUUGGAGGCAGAAUUGCAUGGGAUUUCAGGAGACAAACCGACAGUGAUUCUGAUUGGGGUUCAAAGCUCAUGUUUCUGCCAGAAUCCAAGAACAUGACAUUGUUGUCAAUUGAAUCGAGCUCUUGGAGCAACGAGCAGGCGAUACCAUACCCUACGUACUUCCACCCCACCAAGGAGAGUCAGGUGUCUGAGUGGCAGAGAAGAAUGAGAAAGCUCAAAAGGCCAUACCUCUUCACUUUUGCUGGUGCUCCAAGACCUGAGUACAAGGAAAAUAUCAGGGAUAUGGUUAUAAGCCAAUGCCAAUCUUCAACCAAACAUUGCAAACUUGUAGGGUGCUAUCAUGGUGCAACCAAGUGUGAUGACCCUUUAAAUGUGAUCAAGGUGUUUCAAUCGUCGGUUUUCUGCCUGCAGCCUUCUGGGGACUCAUUCACUCGUCGAUCAAUAUUUGACUCCAUCUUGGCAGGCUGCAUUCCGGUUUUCUUCCACCCGGGAUCAGCUUAUGUGCAGUACACAUGGCACUUCCCCACCAGCCCGUCUGAGUAUUCGGUGUUCAUAUCCGAAAACGAUAUCAAAGAGAAGAAGGUGUUGAUCAAUGAGACACUGCUUAGAAUUCCCAGACAGAAAGUAGUGGCAAUGAGGGAGCAGGUUAUAAGGUUGAUUCCGCGAAUAAUAUAUGCAGAUCCAAGGGCAUCUGGACUGGAGACACUUGAAGAUGCAUUUAACAUAGCAGUUAAUGGGGUACUUGACAAAGUAGAGAAAACUAGGAGGGACAUGGAAGAGGGUCGAGAUCCUGGUAAUGCUUUCUCACAACUGAAGGCUACCAAAUUUACAAGAAAUGAGCUUCCAAGAUAG